CUAGGAUACGGCGGGCCAUUACAUUGGCGCGGACUGAUGGUGUCACCAUGACUUCCGGUCCCUGGCGCUUCGCUCCGGCUUGAGCCAGGGGCUGUCUGGAUUGUCUCUGAUCCACGACUUGCUGUUUUCGGCAUGGUCCGCCGGCGCGGAGCCCAUCGCUUGGUCGAGCCCACUCGCCCUGGAAGAGCCCUUCGGCAGUCAGAGACCAUCCUUGAGGAGGAUGACUGAGACAUUAUGGGCCACGCACUGUGUGUCUGCUCCCGGGGAACUGUCAUCAUUGACAAUAAGCGUUACCUCUUCAUCCAGAAAUUGGGGGAGGGUGGGUUCAGCUAUGUGGACCUAGUGGAGGGGUUACAUGAUGGACACUUCUACGCCCUGAAGCGAAUCCUGUGUCACGAGCAGCAGGACCGAGAAGAGGCCCAGCGAGAAGCAGACAUGCAUCACCUCUUCCAUCACCCCAAUGUCCUUCGCCUUGUGGCUUACUGUCUGAGAGAACAAGGUGCUAAGCAUGAAGCCUGGCUACUAUUACCUUUCUUCAAGAGAGGUACGUUGUGGAAUGAGAUAGAAAGGCUGAAGGACCAAGACAACUUCUUGACUGAGGACCAGAUUCUUCGGUUGUUGCUGGGUAUCUGCAGAGGCCUUGAAGCCAUUCAUGGCAAAGGUUAUGCGCACAGGGACCUGAAGCCCACCAAUAUUUUGCUUGAUGAUGAGGGGCAGCCAGUUUUAAUGGACUUGGGUUCCAUGAAUCAAGCAUGCAUCCAGGUUGAGGGCUCACGCCAGGCCCUAGCUCUGCAGGACUGGGCGGCCCAGCGGUGCACCAUCUCCUACCGGGCACCUGAGCUCUUUUCUGUGCAGAGCCACUCUGUCAUCGAUGAACGGACUGAUGUCUGGUCUCUAGGCUGUGUGCUGUAUGCCAUGAUGUUUGGAGAAGGCCCUUAUGACAUGGUUUUCCAGAAGGGUGACAGUGUGGCCCUUGCUGUACAGAAUGAACUCAGCAUCCCACAAAGCCCCAGGCAUUCUUCAGUAUUGCGACAGCUUUUGGCCUCCAUGAUGACUGUGGACCCCCAGCAGCGCCCUCACAUUCCUGUCCUCCUCAGUCAGUUGGAGGUAUUGCAGCCACUGUCUCCUGGCCAGCACACCACCCAAAUUUGAACGAACAAAUGGGCAUGUUGAGAAGAUGGCUUCGUGUGCCUUGGAAAGCGGCUUUCCUCAUUGGAACUCUGUCCAUUCUACCCAGGACUGCUCUUACAGCUCCAGGAGUACAGGGUGGGGACCAUUGUCUUAGUCUAGUUCAUGUCCUGCUCUCUCACCCCAAUACCUGGGCAAGGGAUCCAAAGAUGAGUUGGGGGGAAAGUGAAACAGAAAAUAUAGUACAUGGCUCUAAGCUGGGCUGCUAGGCUCACACCAUGUUCUGCCUCCAAAUCCGGAAGGAGAAAAUAUACACAGGAGAAUAAAGUGGAAGAGGCUGUGUGUAUUUUA